GGUAUGCACCCGGCUACUCUACAGGCGAGUCAAUGAGAGCCUAAUCAACCAGGGGCUCGACUAUCUCCCCUCGAAUAACAAGCGAUAUCAGAGUCAGUCCCGACUUCCUCGCUGCUGCACUGUGAUGAGCCGCGCCGACUCUGUGCGAAACAAGUCCGCGCCCCAACAUGUUCUCUCACGGGGACAUGACGAGCUCGACGCGGGAAACGCAGUCCGCAGACGUGCGGCCCGUGGGUCGGCGCUGGCUCAUGCUGGCCAUCUUCUGCCUCGUGACGCUGACCAACGGCUGCCAGUGGGUGCAGUUCUCCAUCAUCGACAACUCGGUGGCGGCGUACUACGGCACCUCGCGGGACGUGGUGGACUGGACGUCGCUGCUCUUCAUGGUGACCUACAUCCCCGGCAUGCUGCCGGCCGCCUGGUUCCUAGAUAAGACCGGCCUGCGCUGGACCGUGCUGGUGGCGGCCGCGGGGAACUGCCUGGCGGCGUGGCUCAAGGUGGUGGCCGUGCGCCCCGACCUGCUCGCCGUGCUGUUCGCCGGUCAGGGCGUCGCCGCCCUGGUCAACUGCUUCGUCCUGAGCGUGCCGCCGCGCCUGGCGGCCGUGUGGUUCGGUGAGCGCCAGGUGUCUACGGCCACCGCGAUAGGGGUCAUCGGCAACCAGCUGGGCAACGCGCUGGGGUUCGCCGUGCCGUCUGUGCUCGUGAGAGCGCCGCCUCCAGCGGCGGGCUCCUCCCUCGAGGGCAUCGGCGACGACAUGGCCCUGAUGAGCUACAUCGUCGCCGGCGUCACCACGGCCGCCCUCCUGCUGGCGGUGCUAGCCUUCCAGGCCGCCCCGCCCCUCCCCCCGAGCCAGGCGAUGGCUGCGGCCCUGGAGUCCGAGAGGGCGGGCGACGGGCACACUGAGUCCCUCUCUCAGUACUGCCAGUCGCUCAAGUCCCUGGUGGGGAGCCCCGGUUUCCCCCAGCUGCUCGUGGCCUACGGCAUCAUCAACGGCGUGUCCUCGGCGGCGGGCACCCUGCUCAAUGGGCUCAUCACCAGCGUUUUUGUGGACAGUGAAAUGGACGCCGGUCUCAUCGGCCUCACCAUGGUGGUGGCCGGCCUCGUCGGCUCCGUGCUCUUCGGACUGCUCCUCGACGCGACGGCCAAGUUCAAAGAGCUGACUGUUGGAGUGUACGCCCUGUCGCUUUUAGCGGUGGUGGUCUUCACGGGAUCUCUCUAUUCCGGUAAAAUUUGGACCGUGUAUGUGGCGGGGGCUUUUGCAGGGUCCACUCUGGCCGGAUACAUCCCCGUGGGCUUCGAGUUCGCCGCCGAGCUGACGUACCCGGCCCCGGAGGGCACCUCGUCCGGCCUGCUGAGCGCGGCGGGCAUGCUCAUGGCCGUCGUGUUCACGCUCGUGUGCGAGCGGCUGCUGCCGCUGGCGCGCGGCUGGCUGUGGACGUGCUGCUGCAUGAUGGGCGUCCUGGCGCUGGGCGCGGCCUUCACCCUCACCAUCCCCAACAACCUGCGCAGGCAGCAGGCCCAGCGCACCGCGCAGCUCACUGCCAGGGAGUAAUUGAAAUAAAAAUUCAGAAUUUGAAACGAAAAUAGUGCGAGUGACACCGCCAUUGUGCUCUACACGUUUACAUGCCGACCAAAUGGCCCGGGUGGAAUAGAGUUCACUUCAUGUUGGCAAAUUUAAGUUAAAAGUAUACCGGGUUUCCGGGCUGAGACAUGCCAGUACGUUGGGUUGCCUAUGCACUGGCUGCAGAGGCCGCAGGCGCGAGGCGGGUGGUGGGGGAGCUGCCACUUCCCCGCCACACGCCCCGCGCCUUCUGCCCCUGCAGCUAGUGCAUAGGCAACCCAACGUACUGGCAUGUCUUAGCCUCGACAUCCGGUACUUAAAAAAAAAAUUUGUGUGGUUCGCGACAAACACAACAAGUCAUCAGUUCAAAAAGAACUGAAACGCUAGGCUACUUUGUGAGAAAGUGGCAAUUAACUUCGAGUGAAUUUGAUACACCAAUAAAGGAGCAUACUUUUCACUUCACUUCAACAAUUUCAUGUGCACUUCUAGUGUUCUGCUUGCAGAUUGAAGUAUGCAUAGUUUAUUUUUCUGUGCUGAGUCCCACGUGACCACACGUAUGGUCACAAAGCACGUGAUUAAUGACCCCCUGGGACCCAACGUGUUAAGUAUGUGUAUAAGUAGAUGUUUUUGUCGUUGUUUGUUGUUCAAACAUUUUCAACUAUGACAUAACUUGAAGUUCAGUCGAACCGUCAACUGAAAGGUGAACUCUUUUUCACCGGGGGGCUCGUCCUACGUCUAAAAUAAUCGACAUUUCAUUGACGACGCCUUAAUUUAAUCGUGAUGCGAUUGAUGAGUGACAAAUGUUUGGUUCGUCGUGCAUUCACAUGUUUUAAAUUGAUGUAAACUACAAAACUUUGUGGGAAUUUUUUUUAAUUAACAUAAUCAGGUAAAUAAGGGUAAAAAUCAAGUCCACUAUCUGGAAAACACGGCAUAAAUUCGCCGCAAAACCAGGGAUCCGUAACUUAACGUAACGUAAAGAAAUACCUUCAAAAGAUCGUGCCAAAGUUGGAGGUUGUUACAGAAUAUCCAAAGUUUUUUCAGACAUAUAUUAAAAUCAACUCGUUCUAUUUUGAAA